CAGAGCAGCCCACUUUCUACUUGGUCUUGUCUGUCCUACCCCUAGAGUGUAUAUAAAAAACCGGAGGCGCGGAGAGAGAGCAGUCCUCGCCCGCUGUGACGGAGCACGGAAACAGUGCGAGGGGGAGCGGCUGACGCUGGUCGCCGAAGGCGACCAUCAAGCCGAAGCGACGGAGGGGAGCACGAGUGACCGUGCUUCGGCACGCAAGGGCGGAAGGGCUGCUCUUCCCGCAGCGCCGGAGAUAAGGCGGAUUCAAACUUAAGCUCCCUUGGAGUUUAACUAAAUAAUGCAGUUUUAAUCUAAAAAAUUAACCAUGGAUAUUUUCAUAGCCAUGGGGAUCUGCGGCUUGGUGAUGGUGCAGUGGUAAGCCCUUACACCCCUCCCUCCACAACUCAAAAAUAAUGGACCAUAAUUGAAAUUUUAACCCUAUGUUGACUAAAUAGUGCUAUUCUAACCUCAAAACAUUAACCGUGGAUAUCUUCAUAACCAUGGAGUUCUGCGGAGUGGGGAUGGUGCAGGGGAUUAACCCUUACUCCCCUCCCUCCCGACUCAAAAAUUGAUGGACCUUAAUCUAAAUUUUAACCUUAUUUUGACUAAAUAGUGCUAUUCUAACCUCAAAACAUUAACCGUGAAUAUCUUCAUAACCAUGGAGUUCUGCGGAGUGGGGAUGGUGCAGGGGAUUAACCCUUACUCCCCUCCCUCCCGACUCAAAAAUUGAUGGACCUUAAUCUAAAUUUUAACCUUAUUUUGACUAAAUAGUGCUAUUCUAACCUCAAAACAUUAACCGUGAAUAUCUUCAUAACCAUGAGGUUCCGCGGGGUGGGAAUGGUGCAGGGGGUAAACCCUUACCCCCUCCCUCCCCCCACCCCCAUCCCGACCCAAAAAUUUACGGACCCAAAAGGAAAGUUUAACCAUUAUUUUUUUGUCAAAGCGGGACGUCUGCGAAAUUAUGUGAUAAAAAAGUAUUUAGUGCUUUACAAGUUUUUUUAAGGGAUUUUAUGACCUGAUAAAUAUGGAGACAGAAGGACAGAAAUUCUACAAACACAAAAUCAAACUCAAUACUUCGAACAAUCACGAAAUGUUUUCUGUACUGAUACCCAAAGGAAGUACCUCUUAUCAUGAACAAGUCAAUGAUCAAAAUAUUAUUAAUUCGAAAAACAUAGAAUGCGACGUAAUUAUCAACGAAGUGAUUAUUAAAAUGGAAAGAGAGUAUGAAGAUGAAAUAGACAACCCUGAAUUAACAGAAACAGAAGGAACCAUUAAUAAUGACAGCAGCUUUCAACGGGCUAUUAUUGACAUCAUACCUGAAAAAAAUAUGGAUGUAAUGAGGAAAUCUUUAGAAGAUGAUAAUGACAAUGAACAAAUAAUUCAAAAAGCGGAUGAUCAUACAAUAUGGAAGAAAAACAAACAGGCUGGAUUUAAAAGAAGCCACAUUGAUUUCUUAAGGGAAAAUGAAGGUUUUGUCCAGGAAUCAACAUCAUGUAAAGAAACAGAUGAUCGGUCUUCAAAUGAUCAAGAUGAUCAAGCACCAAAGAAGAGAAAAAAAACAAGCCCAAAAGAUGGAAAAGUAGAUAAUGCAGGAUUAAAAAAGAAAAGAAUAAAUAAGAAAAAGAUAAGAAAGGAUGCUAGAUCAAAGGGUAUUCAAUAUGUUAAGGCAAAUGGUACAAUCGCGAAAGAAAGAAUCAUGAAACCGAAUCCUUGCUUAGAAAAGAACUGUCCCUAUAAAUGUCAAGAGAUAACCACGGAAAGAAGGAGUGCCAUAUUUAAACAUUUCUGGGAAUUGUCUAUGGAAAGAAAAAAGCAAUGGAUAAUCUCUAUGACCACUAAGCAGUCCAUCAAAAGAAAAAGAUCCAAAAACUCCAAUUAUAGGAAUAAUACGUUCUUUUAUUUCAUAAAUGAUGGAGAAAGUCGGCGUCAAGUCUGUUUGAAAUUCCUCAUGAAUACACUUGAUGUCACCCAAAGGUACAUUUAUUAUACAUUGACGAAAUAGGAACUUGGUAUUACCGAAAGAAGAUGGAAAAAGAAAAUAUAUCCCAGUCUCUGUGUGUGAAAAGUGUCCGUUAAAAUCUGCUAAAGAAGGGUGGCGCUACAGUAGCAACAGGGUAAAUUUU